AUGGCGGCCAAGGCCCCGCGCAGAGAGCUCCCCGGCCCCUUGCAACCGCGGCUCAUCGAGGCGAUCGCUGGCUGCCUCCAGAUGUCAAUAGACUUUGACGCGUUCCUCAAUGCAAUGCCGCGACCUCUCUGGACACCAGCGAUGACUGCGUGGCGAACGCUCUCGACCAACGCAGCCAUGGCAGUCACAUGGCCCUCGAUCACGCUGCACCAGUUUGAGUAUGCGCCCAACGUCCUGAGCAUGCUACGCUCAACACUGUCACUCGGGCCCCACGUGACCUUUAACCAAAGCAUCAUCCAUGCGUGCGAGCUCGCAGCGGUUGUGCCGACCAUUGGACCCGCCAUCAAGGCCCUCUCGCUGGCGGUCGAGGACGAGCAGCUGCAUCCAGGCGAAGGACAAGCAGUGGCUGACCUUGUGCGCCAAUGCUCAUCGCUCCGCGAGCUCAAGAUCGAGUCCACAGUGUACAUGGAAGGCGACCCGGAACCCGAACUCGAUGCGCUGCUGGGGGCCGUUGCGCACCCAACGGUGCGGCACCUCGAGCUCACGCUCUUCUACCCCAAUGCGCCGCGACUGGGCACCUUCUUGAGCCAGUGGCUGCAGUCGGCGCCGGCCAAGAAACUUUGCCUGCUGCGCGUGACGUUCCAAGAUGGCGAUGCCUUCUGCGACGGUGUCCAAGCGAAUAGGACGCUCGUACACCUCGACCUGCAUGAAAUCGAAGGCAUCGAUGGCUUGCGUGGUCGCCGACUGCCGUCCAGCCUCAGAUACCUGGUGUGGGGCGCAACCCACUCGGGCGACAGCGCAACCCUCGACAACAUGGCCCAUGCGCUGGAGCGUACGCGCCUCAAGCAUUUACGUUGCGCGUUCUUUGAGGAAGUCGCAUCGCGGCCAGCGGCAUGGCCGAUGCUUCCCCACCUCACGUCGCUGGACACAGGCGACGGAAUGAACGUAGCUCAAAUGCAACUGCUCUUAGAAGCGCUCGCACGCCUUGCGUCGCUCAAGGAGCUCAAGCUCGCCAACUUUGGCUUUGACGCAAGCACAUUCGACGUGGUGUUGCCCGCUCUCGUUAUCCACUGUCCGUACCUCACGGACUUGGACCUGCAAGGAAACGCCUGCGACGACGAGACGAUCAAGAAGCUCUUGGCGGUGGCGCCUCAACUGCCCCGGUUGCGACACCUCACCGCCUCGAGAGAUCAGUACAAUGUGCUCGGCUACAUUCCCGAGCUCGUCGCCGCAGGGCGUCAUCUAAAGUCCCUCUCGAUGGACGCACCGGGAAGACGGCACCAUGGCAUUGACGCCAAGCUCAAGAUGUUCCGAGCGCUGGCCAAAAUCCAAGACCAGCCAUUCUACGUGGGGGGUCGGACGCUCGACACGUGCCCCCGCAUCCUGCCAGAUAUGUUCUUGCCCAAUACUGGUACCGUCGAUCCGACGACGCGCUGCCGCUUGGCGAUCUAGUGGUGCCUCUGGAUUCUAGUUGGUGUAUCCAGUACUGUAUACCACGUAUCCGUUCAGCCCUGUUCGCAAGGACCUUUGCUCUUGUCAGAACUUGUGAGCACCAAUGGGCGAGCAAGGAUUAGGGCAACACACUAUGUAAACUCAUUGCUCUUGCCCG